UGAAAGGAGGCAGGCCAGCGCUCAUCUGAAUCUCUUUUCCCGGAACCACGCCGAGGGGAGACUUCACACCCUGCGCUCAGGAACACCGUGUUUCUGUGCUCCGUGCACUCGCAGGGGUGUGCUGGUGAACUUCCUCGUCCUGCAGGAGGAGGAUGGAGGAGGAGGCGUGACGUCGCCCUUCGCAGACAGGCCGAGCGGACGGACGCUGCCUGCAUGCUGCCGCAGAGCGCACGGAGGAGGAAGCAGCCGAGGCUCACAACAACGGCAGCUUCAGGAAGACAACACGCGGCCACAGUAAUGCGGCACCGCCCGCUGAGCCCGGAGCUGAUGUGACGGAGCACCAGCAGCAGGGUGGAAGCGGCGGAAGCUUCCACUUCUACCCAGCCGGUGAGCGCGGCGGCUCGGCCGCUUUGUCUGAGUCAGGGGGAUAUGUCCUCGCUAACCGUGGAGGAGGACCAGAGGUGGGCACCGACACACGUCCAGGUGACGGUGCAGAGAGGCAGGAGCUUACGGGGCAAGGGCAAGCACGGCACCAGCGACGUGUACACCAUCAUCCAGCUGGGGAAGGAGAAGUACUCUACCGGGGUGGCGGAGAAGACCACCGAGCCGGAGUGGCACGAAGAGUGCUCGUUCGAGCUGCAGCCUGGCGUGCUGGAGAGCAGGGAGCGGAGCGGGUACCCGGCCGGGAGCAACGAGCUAGUCCUGACCGUGAUGCACCGGGCUCUGAUGGGGCUGGACGUGUUUCUGGGACAGGCUGUGAUCCAGCUGGACAAAGCGUUUCUUGAGACCAGAUGCGUAAAAAACCAGUGGUACAGGCUGAACUCUAAGACGGGAAAAAAGGAGAAGGAGCGGGGAGACAUUCAGGUGACUAUUCAGUUCACCAGGAACAACCUGACAGCCAGCAUGUACGACCUCGUCAUGAAGGACAAGGGAACCUCCACAUUUAGCAAGCUAAAGGAGCGCAUGAAGGGGAAGAGGAGACCCAGCGACGAGGACACCUCUUCUGCUGUCCUCCCAGGUGGAUACGGGUCUCUGUACCGGAUGCGCCAAAGACUGCCGAGUGACGGAGGAGGGGAGGAGGAUUAUGAGGACGAUGAGGGGGGCGAGGUCCGGCGGAGCAAGAUGAGAACCUUCUUUUUGAGGGGAAAACUGCGUAAAUCAUCUGACACUCGCUCCAGCACUUCUCUGGGCUCAGAGAGCAGUGAGUCCUCAUCCCGCGGCGGGAGCCUCAGUCCCACAGCCGGUAUCAGCGUAGUGGUGUCAGACCUGUCCAACUCCCCCAGCAACAGCAGCAACUUCACAGCGGACAACAGUCCAGAGCACCCAACCAACAUGUCACCCAAGUCGUCCUCUCUCAAGUGUGAGAUUGGCGAGGUCACCAUUACAGUGCCUCAGCCUGUCGUGUGUGUGAAUGGAAGCCAUGUGUACAGCGUCCAGCCCCCGGACCAAGGCUCAGGAAAACCUACAGAUUCUUUAGGCCUGGGACUGCUGCAGAAGUCGCUGCCUCUGUCUGUUUCUCUGCAGAACCUCAGCACUCGGGCCUGUACAGACCUCCCCAAGGGCCUUGUGGGAGAGGGCCGACGCUGGUCUUAUGACAGGGCUGGUGAGGAGGAGAAAGCUGCCAUAGCAGCAGCCCUGGAGAAAAGUGGUCCCAUUCUGGGUGUCGAGGACCGGGCUGUUUUACCUAAAGCUGCUUCGUCGUCUUCCUCCUCCAAGGCGGAGUCAGAGAGCCAGGGGAAAAAGCAAAGGAAGAACCUGUUCUCACAUGGGCGGAGUGAGUCUGGAGGAAAGAGCCAGAGUCAGUUCAAGGACGAGUCUGAACAGGUCUCUGCUGCCACUGAGGAGAGACACAAGGGUUGGUUUGGAUCCAAAGACCCACACAGCAAACCCAGCCUGGAGGUCUCCACUAAACUAGAGCCCAGCACUGUCCCCCACCCACCACCUCUUCCACCUAGCCAUCACCCCUCAGGUCCCUCCAUAGAUUCUUCCUCUGUGGUUUCUGCACUGCACCACACUAACCCCUUCUGCCAUCCACAGACCACGCCCCCUCCCGUGUCUCCCUGCAACCCGUUCUAUUCCAUUCAGCAGCAAAAUCCUUUUUAUGUAGAUAUACUAACUAGCCAGCCCCUAAAGACAUCGCUUCCCCCUUUGCCUUUACUUUCCAGCUCGCGGCCCCCCAUAACUCAACUCUUUCCACAGCUGGGUAACCCUAACCCUGUCCUGACCUACGAUAACCCCGCUGACUCUGAUACUAACAGGGAAGUGCUGUCCAAAGCUGAGAAAAGACCUCUUCCUCCAGCUGCCAUGGAACGGAACGAGCCUGUUCUUAAGAAGCUGUCAUACCCAGUUACAUCUGUCAUGGAGCCUGAACCCAAUUGGGAGGAAUCCUUUGAUGCGUUUGCGGCCGGCAGGCUGCAGUGUGCCGCUGACCUCACUACAGAACGCAGAACACAGCACUACACACUCACUGACCGUCCGCUGGAACGCUACUGCAAUGAAAACACAUUACACACCAUCGUAGCUGCUGAUGAAAACAUAAACGUUAAUGACUCGCUGAAUCAUCUUUCCGAGGCACCUGCAGUUCCCAGCAGGGCUAAGGGCAAUAACACACAUCAUUUUGACACUUUUUCACUUUUCCUCGAGACGAUCCCGGAGCACAGAAGCUUCGAGAGCGAGGACCUUACUUCAAACUUUCCCCCUGAGUUUUCGAAACGGACUGAAACCCGACAAAACAGCAAAGGUUCAACCGACUCUGAAGUUAAUCCUGCAGCCUUUCACUCACUACUGACCAUCUCUCCAGACCCUAGUUCCUCGGGCCUCGGCAGUUCAGCAGAAGACGAUGGCCUCUCUGUCUUUUCAUCCCAGUCUGACAAAUUUUCUGCAUCCUCAUCCGAGGAAGCUGAAAAAAGUGCCCUCCGGUUUGAGAGUUUCUCUGAGUCAGCUGUUGUAAGAAAUGUCGCAACCUCAGAACCUGAAAAUGGUAUUGCUGGGAAGUCAGGCGAUGUGUUGUUAGACGAUGAAGGCCACAGGGGGACUGCUACACCUGAGGCAACUGCAGUUGCACAUCCAAAGAGACGGACAGAAGAGGAAGGUAAAGAGACUUGGGCCCUCUACAGCUCCAGCCUUCUGGAGCUACAACCAGAAUCCAUCAGCUCCUCGCGAUCUGAUACGUGGGAAGGGAGCGUUUCUGGGAAGGAUUUGUCUAAGGAUUUCAGUGUUGGUGAUGGGGAGAUUCCUGGGACCACACUACCAUCGUUAUGCAUCACAACUUCAUCCCCUGAUGCCACGCAGGAUUUGUUGGACAUAUCCGACUGGAAUCCUGGUUCUCCUGUACCACUGAACCUCUUUGGCGAUCCCCUCAACGUCAGCUUCAUCACCAACAGUCCUGGCAAAGACUUCAGCACUAAUUUGUUGUCUGAUCAGAGUAGCAGCAGCUUUCUACAGAGCCUGUACCUUAGCGCUGACUCUCAACAGUACCAGACCUGCGAUUCUCACCCAUCCUCCGAAUUCUUCAGCACAGCCGAGCUGAACGAGACGCUGCACUCUGCCAACUCCACUCUCGUUGGCGAGUUUAGCAACAUUCAAACAAACAGUGCAUUGGACAUGGCAGCUAAUAUCAGCCAAAGGGGCGAGUUUGAAGGAUCCCAGAGAGAACCCCCUGAGACAGGCCUCACAGUGGGGGCUGGAUUACUAAUCCUGCCUGCACCAUCAGACUCUUGUACGAGCUGUAAACCAAAAAGCCUCAGUAAAGGAAGGGUGGAGACUCAGCAUGGUGUCUUAGCUGAGAUGUUCUCUAAUUGCCUGCUGAAACAUAAUGCUACACUACAUCGCUCCAACUCUGAGGGAACCCUGGCAGGUGUCUUUGACCAGCUCCUCUUGCCCUCUUUUGGCAGUGAUCCCACUUCGAUGCAGGCGUCCUCCUUGUUUCAGCCAGACCCUGACCUCCCCUGUCUUACCUCCUUUGCUCCUUCUCUAACUCCUAAAAACAGUAGCUCCCCUGUAGCGCUCUCUGCCCUCUCUCCCCCUGCAAAGAUUUCAGCGGCAGAGCCACUCGGGCCAACUCAAGGCACCUCACCAAAACCAGAACCAGAGGAAAUCGAGCCGCGGCGGCUGAAAGCAGCCAACCAGCAGAGCAGCCCCCACCCAGUGAAGCCCCUGACGACUGCCAUGUUGGCGGAGGAGAAGCGGUCAGUGCUGGCCACUGGCCUGGAGAAGCUCAAGUCCACCAUCCAUCCAGGGAGGAGCAGCCAGAUCACGGAGCCGGAGACGGACAGGAAGAAG